CCGAUUUCAUAAAGAAACAUAAAGGUUACUUUAACUUUAAAUGAUACUUUAAUAAAUAUUUUUGAUUUCAUAACCAAGUUAAAGUGUCCUUUAAGCCAAAAACGUCCUUCAAAGUUAAAGUGUCGAUUUCUCUACUUCAACUCGCUAAAGUGUCAUUUAACUACAACAUAACCUCAAUUUUAAUAAUUGUUAUUUGUUGUGCUACUCGCUACGUUUGCUAGUUUUGUGUUCGUUUAGCCAUAAUAAUCAUAAAAAUAUGAAUAAUUUUGAAACGUCUAGCUCAAGUUCAUCUGAUGAAGAAUUUAUUUAUACUAGAAGACCAAAAGUGUAUAGGAAAAGAACAGACUGCUUCGAAAAAUAUGAUGAGCUUGACUUUUACCAACGUUUUCGCUUAAAAAAACAAACUGUUUUGUAUCUACUAGAUGAAAUAAAAGAACAAAUUCAGUUACCUACUAAUAAAGGUGGGUGCAUUACACCAUUACAACAAUUAUUGUUGACUUUAAGAUUCUACGCAUCAGGAAAUAUGCAAAUAAUCGUAUCAGAUUUUAUGGGAGUGUCUAGAAGUUCAGCUAGCAGGAUUAUCAAAAAGGUGUCUAUUGCUAUUGCCUCACUAGCCCGACAACACAUUCGCAUGUAUGAAAAUAAAAGGGAAUUGGAAGAAGCAGUUGAAAAAUUUUAUGAAAUAGCUUCAUUU